ACGAUUUAUAUUUUAUUUUAUUUUUUUAAAAUAAUGAUUUUCAAAGUUUUUGUAGCUAUAUUAUUCUCGUUACGUUCAAUUCAAGCUCAAAAAUUAGCAACUAACAAAUAUUCUGGGUAUCCUGUAUGCAACGCAGAUGCAGAUGAGUGUCUAAUAGAUUAUGUAUGCCGUUAUGGUAGCAAUAUGGUGAAAAAACACUGCUGUGCAUUUUGUGAGAGGGGAGUCGAAAACAUAAUCGGGGGCAACACCUACCUACCCACGAAAGUCAAUCAAUGGACGUCCAAUGUGGUGGAAACUUGUUUGGCCCGUUUGACCAAAUUGGGAAAACCUUUUAAAUAUAUCGUCACGUGCGUUAUAAUGCAAAAAAAUGGCGCUGGUUUACAUACCGCUAGCUCAUGUUACUGGGAUAACACUACCGAUGGCAGUUGCACCGUGAGAUGGGAAAACAAAACCAUGUACUGUAUCGUCAACGUGUUUGGAUUGGCUAUUUGAACGCACGCAUCAAUCACAAUAUAUAUAACAAACUAUAAUUAGAAUUUUAUAAGGUAAUAUUCAUAUCCAACAAAUUCGGCCUUAAAGCAGUUUUAUCAAAUUAAGACGGGAUUUCCCUAUUAAUUAUACCAUUAUCCUCGUUAGAAAGUUCUCUUUAAUUUCUCUAAUUGGCCUCAGAUUUUACGGCGAUCAUUUCAUACAUAAAUCCUAUUUUUUUUUGUAAAAUCUAAAUCUCUACAUGUUCCCAUGUCAUAUUUAAAUGUAUAUAUUGACUCUAUAUCUAUAUUCUCAGAGAAGCCAUGUUCAUUAUUUUUCAUUAUUUAUAUAAUUUGAAUUUGAUGUCGUAUUAUAUCAAAAAAAAAAACCAAAACUGUCUGUGACCGUGAAUAUAGAGUUUUACGUUAUAAAUUAUUAAUAUUAUCCCGUCAAAUAU